AUGCCUUAUAUCUUAAUAAAUAUAAACCUAGCAAAACCCGCUCCCCCAAAGGUCCCAGACCAUUUGGAAGUUCGCCUUCAGAGCUACCCUGCCUUGGGCGAAGUUGCUGUCUUGAGAGGUGGCGAUGUCCCCUUCUUGGCAGUGCUGGAAAUCCCCAAGUUUCGAGCGGACGAGUCUUGGGAAAGUGGCAAAGAACCCCAGACGAUUCACGCAAAACCCCCGCACUUGACCCGAUUCUAUUUCGACGCCUCUUUUUCAAUUUCUACAUCCUUCCGUUUCUCAUUUCUAUUUCGAAGUGGUCGAAAUGAGGCGUGGCGAUCCAUCAGAGAUAAGCAAGGGCUCGAAGAUGGACAAAUCAUCAUUGGUUCAACGAACCCAUCAAACAUUGACCAUUUGCUAGGUGGUAUCAUUCCAGAUCUCAACCCAGCGUGCGAUCGACCUAUAGAUACAAACAUCGACCAGACAUUAAACGUGCGAUCGUGGAUGCUCAGAGCUACUAUAUCGGGUGCCGAUGGAGAGAGCGCAGCGUUCGAUAGCUUUGAUAUUGGGACCGCAUGGGGCUCAUUCUUAAAAUGGUUUGCCCUCGUGCGCCUCUCCCCUUACUGGAUUGCUCCGAGGCAGGGCAAAUCGCAGUUCACACUUGACAAGGAUGCAAUCUUAUGCUCAUUUCUGGGUCCUCAAGGAAACCACCUGGUAUUUUUAGCUGUGAAUGGCUGGAAUGAAGUUCUGUCUGGAUUUCGAUCUGCGCCUGACGGAGCCAUCACCGUCCAUGCACGAAACGACGGAAGCUCGCAGUCAACCUUAGCCGUUGUCAUUGCGGCUGGAGACGAUUUUGAAGCCGUAGUUGCAACCGCCGUGCGUUAUGCGAGAUCUUUUGUGGCCCAAGUCAAUAAUGACUGGGAUAGCGUGGCAGCACCUUUGGCAGACACGUCUCGUCACCAGGACAUGGAAGACUGGUAUGAUGGGUUAGGAUAUUGCACCUGGAACGCCAUUGGUCAGGACGUGACGGGCGAGAAGAUACUUUCAGCCUUGUCUAAAUUGGAAAAGAGUAACAUCAACAUCACGAAUCUCAUCAUUGAUGACGGUUGGCAGUCCACCGACAACGGAGAAAAAGGCCAGUUUCAGCGGGGAAUGGUUGCAUUCCAGGCCAAUCGAGAUGGUUUCCCCAGUGGGUUGAAGCCAACCGUAUCUCUCAUUCGGGAGAAGCAUCCGAACAUCCGACAUAUCGCAGUAUGGCAUGCCCUACUUGGAUACUGGGGGGGCAUUUCUCCGAACGGAGAAUUCGCGAGCAAGUACAAAACUGUCGAAGUUGUUCGUGAAGAUGCUGACCCUCGCAAUCUUCCCGAGGGAGGAAGGAUGACAGUGGUAGCAAAGGAAGACAUUUUGCGAUUCUAUGAUAAUUUCUAUCAGUUUCUUUCAGAUGCAGGCAUUGACGCCGUCAAGACGGAUGCCCAAGGCAUUGUCGAUACCUGGAUAAGUCCGUCAGUAAGAGCCGAACUCACCCCGUCAUACCUUGAUGCAUGGACUAUAUGUAGUCACCGUCAUUUUGGCAUCAGGGCAGUUUCUUGCAUAUCGCAGACACCUCAAGCCCUAUUCCGGUGCUACCUUCGCAAAGACCAGAGCAGGACCGUCGUGCAGAACUCUGAUAACUUCUUCCCCGAAAUAAACGCACACAACAGCAUCCUGACGCAGCACUUAAAUAUACUCCCGGACUGGGACAUGUUCCAGACUGUCAACCAGUACGCAGGAUUUCACGCUGCAGCGAGAUGCAUAAGCGGUGGCACUAUCUAUAUCACAGAUAUACCAGGCAAACACGACACAGAUCUCGUCCGGGAAAUGACUGGCUCAACGCCUGACGGCAAGACAGUUGUUCUCAGGUUGAGCUCGAUUGGGAAGUCAGUUCAACCCUAUUCUAGGUAUAAGGACGACUUGCUUUUAAAGUUGGGAGCCUACUACGGACCGUUGAGAUCGCCUGUUCUUGCCAUCUUCAAUAUCUCAACCCGCCCGCUAACAGAGCUUCUGCCAUUCUCAUCCUUCCCUAAUAUCGAGUCCACAAAGAGCUAUGUAGUCCGGGCUCAUUCGACUGGCACGGUGUCGGUGCCAACGGAAACAGAAGGUAGCUCGUCAUCGGCAAUAUUUACCUCGUCGCUCAAUGUUCGAGGAUAUGACAUAUUUACAGCAUAUCCACUCCAGAUGUUUACAGUAGGAACCUGCGGGCAGAUUGGAAUUUCCAACAUGGGUCUUCUGGGCAAAAUGACGGGCUGUGCAGGAGUCAUUUCAAGUUCUAUCGAACGAUAUCCUAACCAACGCAUUUUACUCACCACUGAACUGAAAGCACUCGGUACUCUCGGGGUUUAUAUUACGCUACUGCCUGGCUUGGUUAUAGGGGAUAGUCUUUCAGUCUCUCUCUUUGGGCACUGUGUUGAUACAUUUACGCGAGUAUCUACUACUAAUACCUGCAUGCUAGAGGUCAACCUAGAACUCGCGUGGCGGAGGGUGAGCACUAUUUGUCAAAAGAACGCUUCGGUGCAGGUCUUGGUUUCCAUACAGUGCCAACCGGUUAAGCUUUCAUUAGCUUCAACUCAAGAUGUUUUGAGCACUACUUAUAACCUGGAAUAG